AUGUUUACAGAUACCCCAUGUUUACAGAUACCCCCAUGUUUACAGAUACCCCAUGUUUACAGAUACCCCAUGUUUACAGAUACCCCCAUGUUUACAGAUACCCCCAUGUUUACAGAUACCCCCAUGUUUACAGAUACCCCCAUGUUUACAGAUACCCCCAUGUUUACAGAUACCCCCAUGUUUACAGAUACCCCCAUGUUUACAGAUACCCCCAUGUUUACAGAUACCCCAUGUUUACAGAUACCCCAUGUUUACAGAUACCCCAUGUUUACAGAUAACCCCAUGUUUAUAGAUACCCCCAUGUUUACAGAUACCCCCAUGUUUACAGAUACCCCCAUGUUUACAGAUGUUUACCCCCAUGUUUACAGAUACCCCCAUGUUUACAGAUACCCCCAUGUUUACAGAUACCCCAUGUUUACAGAUACCCCAUGUUUACAGAUACCCCCAUGUUUACAGAUACCCCCAUGUUUACAGUUUACAGAUACCCCAUGUUUACAGAUACCCCCAUGUUUACAGAUACCCCCAUGUUUACAGAUACCCCCAUGUUUACAGAUACCCCAUGUUUACAGAUACCCCAUGUUUACAGAUACCCCAUGUUUACAGAUACCCCCAUGUUUACAGAUACCCCCAUGUUUACAGAUACCCCUUGUUUACAGAUACCCCAUGUUUACAGAUACCCCCAUGUUUACAGAUACCCCCAUGUUUACAGAUACCCCCAUGUUUACAGAUACCCCCAUGUUUACAGAUACCCCCAUGUUUACAGAUACCCCCAUGUUUACAGAUACCCCCAUGUUUACAGAUACCCCCAUGUUUACAGAUACCCCCAUGUUUACAGAUACCCCCAUGUUUACAGAUACCCCCAUGUUUACAGAUACCCCCAUGUUUACAGAUACCCCCAUGUUUACAGAUACCCCAUGUUUACAGAUACCCCAUGUUUACAGAUACCCCCAUGUUUACAGAUACCCCCAUGUUUACAGAUACCCCCAUGUUUACAGAUACCCCCAUGUUUACAGAUACCCCAUGUUUACAGAUACCCCCAUGUUUACAGAUACCCCCAUGUUUACAGAUACCCCCAUGUUUACAGAUACCCCAUGUUUACAGAUACCCCCAUGUUUACAGAUACCCCCAUGUUUACAGAUACCCCAUGUUUACAGAUACCCCAUGUUUACAGAUACCUCCAUUUAUAAUGGUGGGGAGUGUAUAGGCGUGGGCCCUAGUCAACAAGCUGAUUGGCGCUUUUUAUCUUGA